UUUUGAGAAACAGAGAGAGAAUAAAAUAGCAAUGGCGAGUGGUGUAGAAAGAGAGCAGGUAGUGAGGAACAAGCAGGUGAUAUUCAAAGACUAUGUCACCGGCUUCCCCAAACAAUCUAACAUGCAAUUGACCACUAGUACAACCAAACUGAAGCUCCCACAAGGUUCCACUGGUGUUCUGGUCAAGAACCUCUACUUGUCCUGCGAUCCUUGGACUAGAGCCCAUAUGUCCAAGGCUAACUCUGAUACUCCUUAUAUCAAAACCUUCACUCCUGGUUCGCCUAUGACCGGAUUUGGAGUGGCUAAAGUCUUGGAAUCUGGGGAUGCAAACUUUAAGCAAGGCGACUUGAUUUGGGGAAUCACUGGUUGGGAAGAAUAUAGUCUCAUAAAUGCAACAGAAUCUCUGGUCAAGAUUCACAACACUGAUGUGCCGCUCUCUUACUAUACCGGAAUUCUUGGUAUGCCUGGACUGACAGCUUAUGUAGGUUUUUAUGAGGUUUGCUCACCUAAGAAAGGAGAGACGGUCUUCAUCUCAGCAGCAUCUGGAGCAGUAGGUCAACUUGUUGGCCAAUUUGCCAAACUCAUGGGUUGUUACGUCGUUGGAAGUGCUGGAAGUAAAGAAAAGGUUGAUUUGCUCAAGAACAAGUUUGGGUUUGACGAGGCUUUCAAUUAUAAAGAGGAACCUAACUUGGAUGCAGCUUUAAAAAGGUACUUUCCUGAAGGUAUUGAUAUUUACUUUGAAAAUGUUGGGGGAAAGAUGCUUGAUGCAGUGCUACCAAACAUGAAGUUCCGGGGGCGAAUUGGAGUUUGUGGGAUGAUAUCCCAAUAUAACCUUGAGAAGCCUGAAGGUGUACACAAUCAAAUGUUCCUUCUUACUAAAGAGGUCCGGAUGCAAGGUUUUGUUGUUUUUAAUUACUAUCAUCUUAGUCUCUUGAAAGUAAGGAAUUUGGUAGAAUCCUAUGAUUGUAAAGCUGUUUUAUACUGAAAGAAACGGGGGAGGGGCUAUCAUGGGAGAAUGAAGCUCGAUCAGAAUUGGGAUGGAGGAUCAGAAUUGCAUACUGGAGCUGGAUCAUAAUCUUAGAUGUCAUCGCACAUUUAUGGUAGGGAAAGCAGAAUAUAUAGUAAACCAGUUUGAAAUAUGCUAAAUGGGUUUGUGCGGAUAGCAGUGCAUAUGCAAAAAACUCUCAAGGCUGUGGAAGGAAAGAAAGAUUAAAUAUACUAGUUGAGGUCAUCACUAUGUGACUUUACUCUGCCUGUGACAACUUCGAAGAAGAUUAAUUCUUAAGAGCAUCUCCUUCUGGUUAGUAUACUUUGCAUCUCCCUUUGGUAAUGGAUUGAGAAAUGAAUAUGAUUUAGAAAUAAAGGUAUCACUAUAAAAGUACAGCUGAGUGCAUAUGUCCCUUUCCUUCAGCAGUUUUAUGUGAUUACUAUGUUUUGAUGGCUGGGAGCAAGUGAUUCACAUCCAAUUGAACAUUGAGCACAGAGGGAUAUAGAGAUGAUUGCUGGCUUGACAUUUUUCUAUUUAGAGAGUUGUGGUUGAUGAGCUGUGUUGGAGUAGAGAGAUUAGAAGGAGAUGACAGUUGGCAGAGGAGAUCAGAUAUCUUUACCUUCAAUAUAAUGGUGCACGCUUGUGCUAAGAGAUGGAACUUUUCAGAGUUGGAUCUUAUAUUGCUUUUGUUGGCAAAGGAAGGAGUGGCAUUUGAGGUCAAGACAUAUCAAGCUGUCUUAAAGAAAUUCGCUGUCACAGAAAGUUCUCAGACUGUUGCAAUAACAUUCAGAGAUUAUACAAAAUGACUAAUUCCAAAAGCCAACGCACUUUGUUAAGUAACGCAAAGAACUCUACCUUUGUCUCUACUUCUCUAGUUACCAACCUAAGUUGGUAUGAUAUGGGGGGAAGUCUAACAUAAAGGGUGCAAAGUCUCAAGGCACCAAGCAGCUUUGACUUAUGGAGUGCAGGAUGUGCUCAUCUCUCCAUAGAUUCAUUCAGCACAUUUAAUAUUUUUUAGCCAAAAUUUGUUAAUAAUUGAUUCAUAAUUAUUGUGCAACUAAAUCUGCUGUUGAUAGUUUUGCAUCUUUGCGUCAUGAUAUUGCAGCUACAUCAAUAGAUGACAGGAGUUUUUAUUUUUGUUUUAUUUUUAUUUUUGGGAUUAGGAGUUCUCAUUUGUGAUGACAAAUUAAUAAGCUCCUGAUACUCUGAUAGCUCCAGAAGGGGUUUCUAUUUUAGUUUUAUGCAUGAAAGCAAUUGAUGAAUUUUACUAUUUUA